GCCCCCAUUCCGCCGCUGCACAGCUUUCCCUAGUCGCUCUCACCGCUCUCUCUCUCGUACUCACUCCCCCUCCUCUCUCCCACCCAACCCGCUCCUUUCGAAGAUGUCCGCUGCCGCGCCCGCUGCCGUGCCCGCCGCCGUUGCUGCCGCUACCUCGCCGCAGAAGUCGCCUCGCGCGUCGCCGAAGAAGGCUGCCGUGAAGCGCGCUGGCGCGAAGAAGGCCGCUGCGAAGAAGGCCGCGCCGAAGAGGAAGGCGCCGGCGAAGAAGGCGGCGAAGAAGGCUGGCCACAAGAAGCCGGCGAAGAAGGCUGCGAAGAAGGCCGUGAAGAAGGUGGCGAAGAAGUCCACGAAGAAGGUGGCGAAGAAGCCGGCGAAGAAGGCUGCCCACAAGAAGGCCGCGAAGAAGUGA